UUACGCGUCCUUGUAUUGUGCGGUAUAUGCAACACUAUAACAACAAAGAAAAUGGAGAAAGGACUAACUGAAAUGAUGCUUUUAGACAUGACUAACGAGAUUGGUAAUCAUGUGGGAUUAAAGAAGUUUGGAGUUAAAUUGGGAUUUACUCUGAUGGAGAUAAUUGAGUUUGAGAAGCUGAACAAGGAAAACCCGUUUGCGGGAACAAUAAAGAUGUUGAGUAAAUGGCGAACAGACACAGAAAUCAAGAAUCAAAUACCCAAACUGAAAACAGCCUUGAAGAUAGCAGGAUUGACAGAAGUUGCAAAAUCAUUUUCCGGAGUACUUGAAAAAGAAUCAGCAAAAAUUAAAGCAAAGUUAAGGAAGGUCUCCGGUGAUGGGAAAGAGGGCAAAGCCGGGACAUCGACUGCAGUGGCAGAAAAGGAGGCUAAGAAUAAAAAAACACCAGCGAAGAAGACGGCACAGAAAGGUACCAAGACCAUGGAGACCAAACCGAUAUCAGCUAAGAAGGUGCCCCGUGAUGGUCCCAAACCAGGUGGGUUAAACGUAGAGUCAUAA